AUGCCAGAAACAUCUGCAAAAGAUGAACUGAGAUGGAGAGGCAGGGGACGAGGUAGGGGACGUGGCAGAGAAGGCCGAAAUGCGGAAAGGGAUGCUCAUCGUGAAAUAGAACUGGAACCCCACUCAGUUCAGCAAAACGACAAAAGUCAUUCAACCCCCGGAAUGGUCAUAGAUAAUGGUUCCGAGUCAAAGGAACUGAUCAAAGAGAACACAAUUGCUGAAGAUGCCAAUCAAGCCGUUUGGAAUUUUGAUCUGAAUUCUGAGAUAGAUGAGAACAUGAAUGGAAAGAAUGCAGCAGGUGCUGCUACCACUACUGCUACUGCUGACCCAGCAACAACAGCAGUGGAGGCAGCAGCUCAGCCUUCUUCAGCAGAUCAUAGAAUUGAGACCAAACAUGAAGAAUACCCAGGCUGGUCUCUUUCAGACAUGGACAAGGUGGCCAUUGAUCCUCUUCAAAUUGCUCAGCUUGGCAAAAGGUUAGACGAGGACGAAGAAGAUUAUGACGAGGAAGGGUAGGGAAAAGCAUUUUUGUUGCAAGACUCGGAGGAAAAGUUAGUAUUUAAGAUCAGAUAAGAAAAGUAGAAAGAUCAAGAAAAGGUAAAAAGUUGAGAUGACUUCAUCAGAGUAUGGAAGUAUAUCCUAUGUAG